AUGGAUGAGCUACAAAGAAAUAUUUUCCUGGAGUUGAAAAGGGCUAAAAACAUUGUGCCAUUCUAUAUUGAAGUCUGUCUAGGAGAGACUAAUGCUCACUGUGCCCGAGGCACCUUACUAGGACUCGGAGAGAAGGACCGCGCCAUCCACUUCGGGCAUGUGCCCACUUUCAGAUUCCCCUCGCGCCCCGCGCCUGCUCACUUUUUUAUCCUUUUUCUGAGGCUGGGUGUUCACGAAGUACAGAUGACGACCAUCUCCACCAUCUGUUACAUCAUCUACCAACUACAGAAAGCACCCCACUGCGCUUCCUGCGAGGGAAUCGCCUUCGCCGUCAUUGGCCUACGUUUGGGGCCUCCCCAAGCCAUACCAACCAGUCAACGGUCUCGUCUCAUUUCCACUACAACCUCGUCUGGCUUCGUUGGGGCUUCAGCACCGCACCAUAGGCACUCUGGUUUUGCCGAGUCCCUUCGUGGUCAUAUGAACAUCGUACCACUGAGAAUCAUGCUCGAAACACGCCAGAGCAAAGUCGUCGACUGUGCACCUAUCUCCAUCACCCACAGUGCACUGAUCUCGAUCAAAUCGAUCAGUCUAUGUAUCUCUCUCAAAGUCUCUGUCUCCAGCUAUGCCGACCUAUUCUGGUACCUUGGAUCACAGCGUCGCUCAGUCACUCAAAACUCCAUAGAGGUGAUUAGCCCAGAGCCAACUGGUCCGGUCAUAGAAUCAGCUUCCCGCGGCCGGCCCCCACCAAUUAUCACUGUCCCAGAUCAAGCGAGCAAGACAUUGUUUGCUCUCAUCAUCGGCAUUAAUAAGUACAAAUCCGAGCCUCUGAGGGGGUGUAAGAAGGAUGCUAAGGACGUGCGCAACUAUCUACUUCAAGACUUGAAAGUUCCCGAUUCACAUAUCCGCUUCCUGACUAACAAGAAAGCCAAGCGCGCCGACAUCCUCGACGCGUUCAAGGAAAUUCAAACCGACAAGCGUAUCAAAAAGAACGACCCGAUCUUGAUUUACUUUGCAGGACAUGGCGACGAAACUGACGCUCCGACUGGCUGGCCUUCUGGAGACGUAAACAAUCAGAUACAGAUGAUCAUCCCGCAGGACUACUGCAUCGAUCCUGGAAAGGAGGUACACGGAAUCCCCGAUCAUACUCUCGCAGCGUUACUGAACGGAAUAGCGAAUCAACAUGGGGACAAUAUAACCGUCAUCUUCGACUGCUGCCAUUCAGGCUCCGGGACGCGAGGAAGUCGUAACAUCCGCGGCCUUAGCGAACGUAUGAAACAAUCUAUACCAAAGGACCUUGACCGUGAUAUCUGGUCUACCGCCAGCGGGUCCCGUGGAUCGAGCACUGCACCAGAAUAUACCAGAAGCGGAUUAGCCAACCACGUCCUCUUGGCAGCAUGCACACAAAAAGAAAAAGCGCGUGACGCUGUCAAUGGUGGGCCGUUCACCCAAGCCUUCCUUCCUACUCUCAAAUCGGUGGGCGCGGAUAAACUUACAUAUGCCUCUCUUCUUGAGAGAAUGGACAAGAUACCAUUCCAAAACCCCCAGUGCGAAGGGGUGAACCAAAAUCGCAUCAUUUUCGACUCCAGAGCACCUACAACAGGACGUGUAUGUUUCCCUAUCAAGAUGAAGGACUCAGAAUACGAGAUGCAAGCCGGAUCUGCACAUGGUGUCACAGAGGGAUCUGAAUUCAGUCUAUACAACGACAGUCUCGCCAUUGACGACUCAUCCUCCCUCUGUGUCUUCGUUGUUGCUUCUGCGGCCGACAUUCGCCCAUUCACCACAACACUGACCAGACGUGAGCCCAGCGCUGCCGUCACCCCUCUUUCCCCAACUUCUUGCGUUUUGCAAACGAAAGCCGGGGAACCAGAGGAUCUUCUAGUGUUUGCUUCGCUCGACGAAAGACUUAUCAGAUUGUAUGAGACUUUGGCGACAAUGAUGCAGGAGUUACAUCCUGGAAAAAGGCAAAUUCGGCUUGUCAAAGAGAAGGAAAAGGCGAGACUCGGCCUUUCGAUUGUGGACAACAGAAUAGCGUUUGACAAUUUCGAUUCGCGUCUCGCAGAGUACGGCUUGACUCAGACGCGUAUGCCUCAUACCGUAGCAAACGACCCGAAGGAAAUCAUUCCGGUCCUUCAUGGCGCUGCUCAUUUCUGGUGGCAUCUUAACCGCGAGGUCAAAAAUACUCUCGUCGACACCCACAUCGCCAUUGAAUGCAAUAUUCUCAAACCCACAGGUGAUCACGAUAUAUCGGGAAAGCCAAUUUUGAAGGCGACUGGGGACAACCUCUUACAGCCCGACGGUGUCAUUGGCGUCGUGGCGUCAGAAGAGACGAUGUACGGAUAUAAAAUUACUAACGAAAGCAAGCGCGAUCUCUACAUCAACGCCUUUUACUUUGACAACACCGACUUUAGCAUUCAAACAUAUUACCAAUCACCAACAAGCGGUAAAUUUGAAACCUAUCCCACCCUCACUCAAGGUGGUGGCUCUCUCACCCUCGGCUACGGCUCUGGCGGGGUUAACCCAUUCACCUAUUGCCUAGAGGAAGGCAGCGACAUUGACGUGGGGUAUCUAGUAUUCUUCAUUUCCUCGGAGAACGUCAAUCUCUCUACUAUCCCACAGGAGACGCCGUUUGAGGGUCCGGGACGCAAGUCUGUGCAAAAGAAGCCCCCUGCACAACUAAUUUACGGCACUAUCUUGGUGCCCAUUGUUCAGCGCCGUUAUCCAGACCAAGAAAUUGCUGAGCUGAAAUCCAUCAAUGCCAGCGACUCGGAGACGAAAGAGAAAGAUGCGUUGGCGAGAACGGAUGAACUUGCGCAGGAGUGUGCCCAGCUCCGCGUGACAGUGACAGCACAGAGCAAGAGACUAGCCCACUUGGAGUUGCAACUAAGAUUGUUGCAGGAAGCGCAAGAGAAAAUGGCAUCUGAGCUAAUUGGCAAAUCUCAUGAUCAUACGUCCAGUUCCACUCCCUCUUCACACAGCAAAGACGGUGCAGAUUUAGCAUCUAAGGAUGAAAAGUCCACGAAAAGCACGGGUCCUGACUACGGCGCAUUCGAAUCAAAACACCCUCUCUACAAGAACGACCGUUUCAUUGGUCGUAUUCCAACGAAGUCCUUUUCCCCUCCUUAUACCGUGGCAUCUAUCAAGCUGUCCCUGUGCGAACUUGAGGGCCUUUCGGAGCCCGACAAGGCACGUCUCUUUACACCGCUCUCCAGCUCAGCACCCAAAGACGACUCUGCCCGCCUCUCUUUGGAGGGUCCUUCAGGGCCAGGCCUGUCCGAACAGGAUCCGAUCGCGUUGGUUGUCGAGUCCGAAAUGAGGACCGAGGAGGCCGCCGCGCAGUUAGAGAAGCUGCCGGAACGCUCUGAUAAUACCGAGAUCAAUUACGGCAAGUCUUGUGGAAAAGGAGAUGAAAAGGCAAAGACGUCCUUUGACAAGAGUGAUAUCUCGUUAGGACGCAUCAACACCCUCUUCAUCGCUCCCCCUCACACCGCUGGAUCUUUGAAAGCAUGCAUCGCAAAAUUUGAAGGCCUCCGAGUCACGCAGGGUCAUGCGCUCUACAAGGAUAAGGAUAUACUCAUGAGUGACACCGACGUCAUAUCCUUCCAAAAUAAAACUUAUCCAGGUAGUGAUGAAGGCAAUCCUGUUGCCCUUGCGACCGAUUCGAAAUUCACGAAACGUGGUCAGUUAACUUCGACUUACAUAUACAUGGUGAUUAAUUCAAAGGGUGAAAAAGGCUUUGUACAUCAGGCUAAAGUUAAGUUACUUUGA